AUGGUUCAGACACUGGAAGCUACAAAGGGUGGUGGAGGAUCCAUCAGGGUUGGGACCACUGGGACAGUUGGUUCCCUAAUGACAAGAGAAUUAGAGUCCAUCAAAGUUGCACCUCCGACGCCUGCAUCUUCCAGAAGUAAACAUCAAACAGCUUCUGUUUCUGUUCCCUGUGGUGUUACUACUCCGAAAAAGCUACAACCAAAAAAAUCAUGUGAUGAAGCUAGCAGCAGUGGAACCAGCAACUACAUUAAUCAGAGACGCCCUGAAAUUUCACAGAAAACAAAAACUCAUGCUAAAAAGACUAGUCAGAUCCCGAUACUGAGCUCUGAUAAUGUUGGUCUGGAUAGAACUCCUAGUAGGCAGAAAACUAGUAAAAAAGGACCUAACAUUGUUGAAGUUGUGGACUUAAAAUGUGGGAACUCAGAUAGAGCAUGGGCUGGCCCUAUAACGAAUCGACUGAAGAAGCUGGGAUUCUCAAAGCUCUCUGAGAGCAUUGUCUAA